AUCCAGUCGCUGAUUGAACCCCAUCCCAUCGAUGCCCGUCCCAGCACGAGUUCAACCAGGAAAGAACAUUUGGGUAGCUGCAGGCGAUGGCGAUUUAGUUAGGGUUCGGGUAUGUAACUUGUCUUCGCUUACAGUACGUGCCAAGCUUAUCUCGUUCCUUCAGGGACUUGUUGAACAGCAAUGCAGGUGUCAUCUCAUAGUUCACAUGGUCAGGUCUGAUCCGGUCCCUCCCAGCCACAUCACCCAAUGCUCCUGAUGAAUUCACGUAUACUCCCAUGCAUGCUGUGGCCUCAUACGGGCAGCUUGAGACCCUAGCGUACCUGU